AUUCAAAUGAGAAAAAACGCACACUCGAUGACGUUUCCCGUUUGACAGACAAAGGUACGCGUUUUCAUCAAAUACGCGUUUGCGUACUUCCUUCUUUCAAUCAACUGCCGCCGACGUUCUCUUUCUUUUCGAGUCCAUACUUCAGAAUGCCUCCGAAGAAGGAUACCAAGGGAUCGGCGAAACAGCCGCAAAAGACCCAGAAGAAGAAGGAGGGAGGAUCCGGCGGAAAGGCCAAGAAGAAGAAGUGGUCGAAGGGAAAGGUUCGUGACAAGCUGAACAACCAGGUCCUGUUCGACAAGGCCACGUACGAGAAACUGUACAAGGAGGUACCCGCCUACAAGCUGAUCACCCCGUCGGUCGUGUCCGAAAGGCUGAAGAUCCGUGGAUCGCUGGCGAAGCGCGGUCUACGCGAGCUCUGCGUGAAGGGAUUGAUCAAGCAGGUCGUGCACCAUCACGCACAGGUCAUCUAUACCCGCACCACAAAGGGAGACGACCCGGUGGCGUAAAAACGGUGCUGCUGACGGUUCCGUUAUGUUUGUGUUGUGAGUGCUGUGUGCUCGUCGAUCUUGAGCCAACGAGAGAGAGAUAUUCCAGGCAGAUCCUUCCAACAUGAAACACUUCGGAAUGGAAGAAAUAUACUUCUUGUAAACUAAGUGAA